CUCGGCCUGCCGGCCCGCGCCCCGCCUCCGGCCCGUCGCUCCCUCCCGUCCGAUUGACCUCUGGGGGUGCCGCUCGCUGCGUCCGCCCGCCCGCCUGCGUCCCCGCAGCCGUUGCCGCUGCGCCUGUUCUCCAGACUCGGGGCCGCCGUCCAGGCGGGCUGCAUGAGGAGGUGGCGGAGGAGGAGGAGGAUGUGAAGAUGGCGGAACUGCAGAUGCUGCUGGAGGAGGAAAUCCCGGGGGGCCGCCGGGCCCUCUUCGACAGCUACACGAACCUGGAGCGUGUGGCCGACUACUGCGAGAACAACUACAUCCAGUCAGCAGAUAAACAACGAGCCCUAGAGGAAACCAAAGCCUACACCACCCAAUCAUUAGCAAGCGUUGCCUACCUGAUAAACACCUUGGCCAACAAUGUCCUGCAGAUGCUGGAUAUCCAGGCAUCCCAGUUACGAAGGAUGGAAUCUUCAAUCAAUCACAUUUCACAAACAGUUGAUAUUCAUAAAGAGAAAGUGGCAAGAAGAGAAAUUGGUAUUUUAACUACCAAUAAAAACACUUCAAGGACACACAAGAUUAUUGCUCCAGCCAACCUUGAACGACCAGUUCGUUAUAUUAGGAAACCUAUUGACUAUACAAUUCUAGAUGACAUUGGACAUGGAGUAAAGUGGUUGCUUAGAUUUAAGGUGAGUACCCAAAAUAUGAAGAUGGGUGGGCUGCCACGUACAACACCUCCAACUCAGAAACCACCUAGCCCCCCUGUGUCAGGGAAAGGGACACUUGGGCGGCACUCCCCCUAUCGCACACUGGAGCCAGUGCGUCCUCCAGUGGUACCAAAUGAUUACGUACCUAGCCCAACCCGUAAUAUGGCUCCCUCGCAGCAGAGCCCUGUGAGGACAGCUUCUGUGAAUCAAAGAAAUCGAACUUACAGCAGUGGGAGUAGUGGAGGAAGCCACCCAAGUAGUCGGAGCAGCAGUCGGGAGAACAGUGGAAGUGGGAGUGUGGGGGUUCCUAUUGCUGUUCCUACUCCGUCACCUCCCAAUGUUUUUCCAGCCCCUGCUGGCUCUGCCGGCACUCCUCCCCUUCCUGCUACUUCUGCAUCUGCCCCUUCCCCUCUUGUUCCUGCUACCGUCCCCUCCUCCACUGCCCCAGACGGUGCUGCUGGGGGUGCCCAGACCCUUGCUGAUGGCUUCACUUCUCCAGCUCCCCCUGUUUCUUCCAAUCCACCUACAGGCCAUCCUGUUCAGUUCUACAGCAUGAACAGGCCUGCUGCUCGCCACACGCCCCCAACCAUAGGAGGCUCCCUGCCCUAUCGACGCCCUCCCUCUAUAACAUCACAAGCAAGCCUUCAGAACCAGAUGAAUGGUGGACCUUUUUAUAGCCAGAAUCCAGUAUCUCUUGCUCCUCCUCCUCCUUCCAUCCUACAGGUAACUCCUCAGUUACCUUUAAUGGGAUUUGUGGCCAGAGUCCAAGAAAAUAUUUCAGAUACACCACCUCCACCACCACCUGUAGAAGAACCGGUCUUUGAUGAGUCCCCACCUCCACCCCCUCCUCCAGAGGAUUAUGAAGAGGAGGAAGCGGCUGUGGUCGAGUACAGUGACCCCUAUGCUGAGGAGGACCCGCCCUGGGCACCGAGGUCUUACUUGGAAAAGGUUGUGGCAAUUUAUGAUUAUACAAAAGACAAGGAAGAUGAGCUGUCCUUUCAGGAAGGAGCCAUUAUUUAUGUCAUCAAGAAGAAUGACGACGGUUGGUAUGAGGGAGUUAUGAAUGGAGUGACUGGGCUCUUUCCUGGGAAUUAUGUUGAAUCUAUCAUGCAUUAUUCUGAGUAAAGCUCAGCAGGGCUGCACUUUCCUCACAGAAACAGUCAGGUCUUCCCAGACUAUUUGAAGGCCCUGGGGAUUUCCCUUCAGUGAAGUAGAAUGAAGGAUACAAAUGAUAAAAACUACUUAUUUUUUUGGUUUAUCCUCCAGUAUUAAAACAAAAACAAGAAAGCAAGCCAAGUCUGAACACAUGGAUCUUUCUGUCAUUUGUACUAUGCUGAGCUGUCUGGAUUGAAAUAAAGUGACCAUUUCUGAGUAUGUCAGAGGAAUAGCAACAUAACUAUGUAGCUAAAGUAAAUCAGAUUAAGACUGAUCCAGGAAAAAACCCAGGAUCUUUCUCAGGAAUACUGUACAUCCUUGGGAUUUCCCUUCCUGCAAAAUCUGUGGCAGUGAGCCCUCCACAUUGCCUAUGCUAUGGGGUUAACCUCAUGGUCCAGUGGGUACCCUAGCCUCUCAAUUUCUUCCACUUGUAUAAAGAGGAAGGAACGGACAUUUAAAUACCAUACUUAACUAUUUUUAGAAUUGUUUCAGAUGGCUCUUUUUCUCUUUAACACUGUAAAUUCUGCAUUCUCUCAGUACUUGAGUGUGCCAGAUGAGUAAAUGCUGAACUCGCUUGCAUCUGAUCAUGUAUCUGUUUGUAGAUAUAGGAUGAUGAAGUGUGAAUCUCCAAACAUUCUGAGUGUGGUUAACAGCGGCCAUGGUUUGAUUUUGAUGGGCUGCUGCAUGAGACUGCCUUGCGCUCAUGGUCAUUGUACCAGCUGUGAAAUGUGGUAGGCCAGCUUGUGUGCAGAGUUGGUGUGUGAAGCUAGACGUGAAGGUUCCUAAGACUCUGAGGGAGUAAAACAAGAAUAUGUCCCUCAGCAGGCCUGCUGAAUCCUUGCCUUCAGUGCUGCUUCAAGGAGUAGUUCUUGGAGGUCAGACCAGCUGUUACUUCUUUUGCUUUUUAGAAAAACUCUAGUUUUUGUUUUGAAAGAAUAGCAGUUAUUUUCAAGUCUCUUGACAGUCACUGGGAUUACAAGGCUGCUAAUGUGCUCUCUGAAUGUUAGAAAUGGCCAGUGUUAGCUGCUGCUGACUCACAUCUCAUUGAGCUUUAGGAAAGGUAAAUACUUGCCUGAUUUUGCCUGAACUCUACAGUAGCUGCUCUUAGUAAGAAUUUGAACCUUAUAUCUCAGAAUAAGACUAUUAUGGAAUAAGAUUAAUAUGCCAAAAUAUCCAUUUACAUUGAUAAAAUCAAAAGAACUUUGAGAGAAACAAACAGUAAGCACCCACCUCUGUACAUGACAGCUUCAACUCAGUGGAAUUUGUAGGUCCAGUGGUUUUAAUCAUUACCUUUGUAAUCAAUAUUAAAUACUGAAAAACAUCCAGGAGGUGGUAGGUGCUCAGUAGGUGAAUAUGGUGACAGUGGGCCAGCCCUGGGGCAUGUCCAGAGCUGCCAGUGUGGCUUCUUAGUCCAACAACUUGGCCAAAAUAGUGUCACCACGUAACCUCCCUGUGCUUGUGAAAGGGGAGAGGCAAUAGCUGCAUAUGUUUCAAAUGGAGGCCUUUAGCUUUAUGGUAGCAUAGCUAGAAGUUGCUUGGAAAAGGAAUGUGUGUAGUAGUGUGUGAAGAAAUGCAGACAGUAUAGGCAGAAGUUCAUAUUCCACUUGUGGAUGUUACCAAAGCAUAAAACUUGAUCACCAUUUAACUGAGACCCACCCAUAGAGUUUGCUUAUCAAGACUUUUGUUUUAAACUUGUAGUUUAAAAAAAAACCAAACCAUUAUAAGUUAGCAGGUUUGCUUUUAAGAUAAUGGCCCUCAAUGUUCUCUGAGCCUUUAACCCCAUUUAACCCAAAUCAGACUAUACUUGGAUAGGUUAAAAUUUUCUUGUUGAAAAUAAUGAUUUAAGUAGCUUUUGGCUGAGGAAGUGUAGUGCAUUAAUAGGCAGAGGGUGUUUCAGAACCCAAUAACUCCAGUAGAUCACUACCACCAGAGAGCAGUGACAGCGGCAGAAAGCAGAGCUGGUGGCCCCACUGGAUGUGCAUCUGUUGGACCCUUGCUAAAUCGGAAUGCAUGGAAGACACUGGUGAAGAUCUGAUGCUGAAGACCUGCAGUAGAGGAUCCAUGGGUCAGCUGAUUUUUUCCUAUAUUAUUUAGUACCAAUGUGUGUGAUUUGGGCGGGGGGGCAUAUUUUAAAUUUUUAAUAGUUUUGAAUUCUGUAGAUUGUCUCGGAAGGAUAUUAUAAUUAUGAGCCAGGCCUACCAUAAUUGGAGACUUUAAUGUAUGUAAUAUCAUAUAGAUUGCAUGCUAUUAAUAGUCUGUGAGGGUAGUAUUUCCUGUUUCACUGUAAGUUUCUCCCAUUUAUCCUCUUAUAAGCUAAAAGAUGGUAUUAGGAAUUUCAGAUGAAUUCAGAUCUUAAAUGCUUCAAAGAUGUAUUAAUACUGUAGCAAAGAUGAUCUGAGAUUAAAAUCUGCUGACCAUUAAGCCACCAUUUUACCAGGACAGAGGGAGUUUAAUGAAAGGCUGUUCUUCCUUCUGGAAGUUUUUGACUCUGUGGCCACUUUUUUUUCCCCCUUAAAAAAAAAGUGGAGUGACUAUCCCAUUUUGGUAUUAAUAUUUGAAAGUUUAUGGGAAUAUGAAUUGAAAAUACACUUUCUUGUUGUGUUUGGCCAUGGCCAAGGUAGUAAAUUGGAAACAAAAUCAGUGCCAGUGUUUCAAAAGUCUAGACCUGAGAGAUUCAGCAUACUGUUUGGAAUAAAUAUGAAUCUUUGAAAAUGUCUCUUCAGUAUUUUCCAUCUUUUGGCCACUUCCUUAUCUUCCUCAGAGAUACCUUCUACUCCCAUCUCGGGGUUGGAAAGAGAUUGCUAAUUUUGCUGUGUUCCUAACUCACUAGAUGACAUUUUCAUCUCCCUUUUCCCUUCCUGGUACUGCUACUCUUUAUAGCCCAGCUAGAGAAAAUGUUUUAUGCAUCUUCAGUGAUACCUGUAAUGUAGCUGUGCUCCUUAGCAGUUUUAUGAUGUUGAUUCAAGUUUAAGAUUUUUCUCUUUGGGAGGCAUAAAAGCAAUGGUCAUUUGCCUUUAUCUUUAUGUUUUAGCAGGUGACCUUUCUGCAUUAGGCACUGUUCUUUUACCUUGAAUUACCUUUUCUCAAGGGGAAAGCAUGGAAUGACUUGAAGGCCACCUUUACCUCUGAAAAGGGUUAAGGGAAGAAUUGGCAGGUGACUGCUAUGUCUUUAGAAAGAAUGGGCAUCUAUUCACUUUUGAACUUCCCUGGUCCCUGAUUGUUAGGGUGAUAAUUUUCCCCACAUGCCUUAGGUAAAAUCAUAGAACUUGAGACCUAGAUGAGCUUUUAAGAUUUUUGGUUUAGUCUCAUUUGACUGAUGAGGUUACUUUGUUUCGAUGAACAUUUAGUUGAAAAUAUCAGAGUUCCUGAUUCAAUGCCCAGUAUUCUUUCCACUGCACCACAACUGUCUUAAUUAAAUGUGCUAUUUUUUUCUUUAAAAAUUAGUUUUACUUGAUGUUUUUAAGAAUAUACUUGAAAAGACAUGCCAUAGUUUGGUAAGUAACCAUCAGAGUAUUCAGACUAAAGAAGUACAUUGUGUAACUUUAAUUAGUGCAAAUAAUCUUCAUUUACCCCUCCUAAAACUACACUCCAUAUGAACUUUUCCGUAAAGGUGUAGCAAAAAAAUCCAUUACCAUAGUUCAACAUUGGUAGGAGCACAGCAUAGUAAACAGCCUUAUUUAAGAGAGUCUUAUAAAAACAAGUUACUAAAUAGAGGCAUUGAGCUCAUUACCUUUAAAUUUAUGCUGAAUUGUUUUAUUGAGAAUCUGUAUUAAAUUAUGAAUGAAAUGACAGGGCCUAGCUAUGUAUAAAUGAUCCUUGCUAAAUAUGUUAAGGGUUUUUGUAAACAAAAAAGAAGUUUAUUUUCACAUUAAAAUGAAACCUCUUUUGCAACUUCAGAAUUCUAUGGAAAAGCAGUUUUUAUCAUAUUUUGUGUCCAUGUACCUUUUUUCUUAAGAAAGUGGUUUACAAAAAAGAAUGUAAACAAUUUGCAAUCUGGCCAGUUAUACUUUUUAGCUCCCAGAGAGGGAGAGUUGGUGAUGUUGAGUAAAAACCAUUCAGGAAACUUGGGGAGCAGUCUGUUGCCAGUCAUGUUUGUGUGUGCCAUUAAACCACCUCCACACAAGUGGGGGAACAUUCACUUUUUAAUUUUUUAAUUGUAUUUGGAAUUAAUUAUUGCUGUGUACUAAGAACUUGACCUAAAUAAAAUCACACAAAGCAUA